UAGCCAUAAACUACAUAAAUGAACUGAACUCUCCUUGACUUGCGUGAGCAGGUCUAUACGUUAUGAAGAGAUCCGCUGAUCCAGCAACUAUUUCUUGCGCCAGUUUGACUGUUGGUUUAAAAAGUUUUCUCGCGGUCCAAUCGGUUACCACAAUCUUAAUUCAGUCUUCCACGCACACAGUCAAAACGGCAAAUGUACUGGAACACAAGGAGGAAGAGUAAACAAAACCAGGGGGGAGCUGGUCGUUCAGUUGUCUGUGGUCGCCUUCACACAGUUUAUGGUCUCCAAGGGAAGCACGAAAAGUAACAAUCAACGAAUCGGACUGCUGUGUCUCUCAGGUAGGAAAGGUUAUGACAGAAGAAUGGAGUUCCCGAAUCACAGCCGACAGUUGCUCCAGCGUCUGCAACAGCAGCGUUGCCAAGGAUUUCUUUGCGACAGCACCGUUGUUGUCGGAGAGGCAAAGUUCCGAGCACACAGGGCAGUGCUCGCCUCCUGCAGCAUAUACUUCCACCUCUUAUAUAAGGAGCAGACAGACAGACAGGACGUUGUGUAUCUGAACAGUGACAUAGUGACAGCCCCUGCGUUCAGCCUGUUGUUGGAGUUCAUGUACCAGGGAAAGCUGGAGACCCCAGGGCUGCUGGUGGAGGAUGUAAUGGCGGCUGCCAGUUAUCUUUACAUGUACGACAUUGUGACGGAGUGCACCGGCAAGCUGGACGCCAUGGAGCUGCUUUCACUGCAGAAGAAGGUCAAUGAAAGGAUUGCGCUGAGCGCCAAGGACAGGGGGAGUCCCGACACUGAGCUGCACCACAAGCGCAGGCCGCAGCAUCAGACGAGGACAUCCCUGAUGGUUGAAUCAGAAACCAACCAUAAGCAAGUCAGGCCAGCUGCUUUUGACCAUAAAGAGUCUGUACAGAGUACGCGGAAGGCAAACGGCCACAUCACCGGGUCAUUGGCCUUUAUGAGCCCGGCUUGUGAACUGGUGCCCAAGUCUCACCCCAGGGUUGGUGGGGAAAUGGGAGCUAUUGUUAGUGGCCAGACUGGCCACGCAACAUCACCAUCGCCGUGGACCCGGGUUGCGGGCGAUGAGGACAGAGCUUUGGAUUUGUCUUGCAGGCCUCCACCGGGCAAAGGUCCCUGGGGCCCCUCCCUUGCCCCUGUCCUGGGACAGCUGGGUAAGGGGCAACCGGACACGGUGCUUAAAAGUGCGCAUGGUCAGGGUGUGCAGUCAAAGCUGGUGGAUGGUGUGCUGCCGGACAGACAAAGACAGCAUCUCAGGACCAGCACCAGGAGCCCCGCCCAAACACCUGAGGUACGACAGCAGGAAUGGGAAAGGGAAGAAGGAAGGGAGGACGGGAAUGCGGACAGGGGCGAAGCACUGACAAAGGGAGGCGGAGCCCUGAUGGAGGGAAGCGAAGAAGAGGAGGAGGAGGAGGAGGAGAACGGCAACAUCUCUGCAUCCAGCGGGACGGCCCCCCCGCCGGGGAGGCGUCGCUCCUACCUGCAUGGGCUUUGCACCUGCCCCCUCUGCAGCCGCCCCUUUCCAAACCCCCGCCUUCUGCAGCUGCACCUGGAGACCCACUUCCAAGAGAGGGGCAGGGCGCCCGCCAAGCUGGCCCCCCUGGUGGGCGGGGUGGUCAAGCCCACCUGCCAGCAGUGCGGCAAGACCUUCUCCUGCCUGUACACCCUCAAGCGGCACGAGCGCACCCAUUCGGGCGAGAAGCCCUACACCUGCGCUCGCUGCGGCAAGGGUUUCCAGUACUCCCACAACCUGACUCGGCACGCCGUGGUCCACACCCGCCAGAAGCCUCACGCCUGCAGCUUGUGCGAGCGCCGCUUCACCCAGUCCGGCGACCUUUACCGCCACAUCCGCAAGUUCCACCACGGGGUCACCGAGGUGCUUACUGGGUCCAUCUAAGACAGCAAUCCCCAAGUUGAGCAUACUGUGAACUAACCUCCCCUGGUUCCUUGGUUCUCAGCUGGUUGUUGAUAAUGAAGUGGAAAAAAAAAGCCACCACACCCUGCAGCUAUCCAUUACCAUAACCCCACGGUCCCUUGCUCUAAGUUCUUGUUUUCGUCAAGUCCUGGUGCAUGCUCUAGGGCAGGGGUGGCCAACCCAGGUCCUGGAGAGCCACAGGAUCUGCUGGCUUUUGUUUUUACUCGGCACUUAAUUGAUCAAUUAAAGCUGUUGAUUACAUAGUUAACUCACCUCACCUGGUUUAUUUUGUGUAAGUGGUUGUUGUAUUUAAGGUCAAAACAAAAACCCGCAGACCCUGCGGCUCCCCAGGACCGGAGUUGGCCACCCCUGCUCUAGGGCCCAAUAUAGUGCAGCAAAAGGGUCUGCUGGUUUCUGCCCUGGCUCAACUCUUAACUUAAGCCUUCAGUGGAUAUAAUAUCACUUCAGGUGAUGUAAAUAAGGUGUUUAAUAGUUCUACAAAGAAGUCAGGUCUUUAGAUUUACACACUAUCAAUUCUCUCUCACUUUAUAUAUAUAUAUAUAUAUAUAUAUAUAUAUAUAUAUAGUUAUAUUUUCAGUGUUCAAUGAACUGUUAUGGAGUACAUAUGGUCUGGACUCCAAUCAACCAUCUAUUUGUGCACUAUUACAGUCAAGUUAACACUGGACAUUUCACUAUGAAUGUAUGUAUUAUACAUGUGUAUGUAUUUUUGUAGAGUGUGUAUGUACAUUCAGAUAUACUGUACGUAAAUUACAUAAAUAAAGGUAUGAAUCAGGUAUUCAGGGUAUUUUGAAUGUAAGCAUUGGAUUUCAGUAAAGCUUGGUUUUCUGCUGAGAGUGGAAAACUUAAAAUAUGCAAUUUUGGACUCAAAAGAUGGGCUCACGUGGGCAUUUGUUAUGAUCUUAACAAUCCAUGGUUGAUUCAUGGAGUUGUUGGCAGCGCACAAACAUACAAGCUUACUUAGCAUCUUUCCAGGCCUUUGAUAGUUUUUGGCUUGUCAGCAAUUUAAUUAAUUCUAAUGUCAUAUUGUUGCACUGUUCUCACUGUAUCUAGAAAUGAUACUAAAAUGAAAUCACAUGUACAUUGUAAUUUUUUUGUGAAAUUUCCAAGUGUGAUAUAAAUUAUAAUUUCUACUAAAUUCUUGAUUUAUUUUCAUGUAUAAAAAAAAAUAAAAAAAAUAGCAAAUCUG